AUGGGUGGUGCCGGCGCCGGAAACUCGCAGUCAUCGUCCUCACUGCACCUCAACUCGCUGGCCAUCAACGGUGGUCUGUCAGUGGCGGUCGGUGGUAACAACGGUAGUGGCGGCAAUCACAGCGGACAGCGCAAUGGACACAGCGGCAGCAGUACGAGCAGUCGAAGCAGCAACCAGUCCAGUCAGGGCAGCAGCAAGUCGGGCAGCACUCGAGGCACCGCAUCGUACUCUCACCAGAGCGGAGCAGUGGGCAAGGACGGCAAGGGACCCAGCAUUGAUGAUGUCUCCCUCAUUCAUCUGUCAGUGCGAGAGCUGAACAAGCGCCUGAACGGCCUCUCCAAAGAUGACAUCAUUCGGGUGAAGCAGAAGCGACGGACGCUGAAGAAUCGAGGUUACGCGCAGAACUGCCGCACCAAGCGCAUGGAGCAGAAGCGAACGCUGGAGGAGCGACUGAAGGACCAGCAUGAGCUGCUCCGAAAGUACGAGGCGCAAAUUGCAAAGGACAAAAUGGAGAAACAGAGUUUGAGAGAAGAGGUGAACGAAGCCCAUCGAAAACUGCGCUACUACGCAGCCCAUUUUCACAGUGCCAUGAGCACACCAAUGCAGAGUCACCUAGCCGGUGUUGGUGGUGGCAACGGCGGUAAUGGUCACCAUCAUCCGGAACAGCACAACCAGGGCCUGGGUCAGAACCAGAAUGCAGUGGGACAACAGCAGGUGGUGAGCACAACCUCCGGCACACCUAAUCCCAAUGAAAUGCAGUACGAGUGCACCAGUUCGCUCUCCAGUGCGUCAAGUGGCAACUCGACGCCCAACUCCAGCAUGUUUGAGUGCAACUCAUAA